AUGCACGUUCCGUAUUUUGGGGACAUAAGCUGGGUUUACACUAGCAACAUAUUGCAGCAAUUUACUUGCGCGGAGGAACUUGACGCGCGAGUUGCGAGUGUAAACUUAUCGCCAAGUCGACUUGCGACCGUAGCAAUUUAUUGCGGAAGUGACUUGCUGCGCGUUUUCCACUUCCAGUGUGAACACCACACAAGAGCUAUCUGCAACUUACUUAAUGUGGUGACUAAAUUUUAUGCAGCCAUCUUACGUAUUAUAAGCCAACAAAUUUCAGAAAUGGAGGAGAAACGAGAAUGGACGAAGCAAGACACAGAAAAUUUUAUAGAAGCCGUGGAGAGCUACCACGAAAUUUGGGACGUACAUAACCGAGACUUCAAGGAUAGAAUGAAGAAGAUGUGUGCAUUGAACGAAAUCUCGCCAAUAUUUGACACGUCAGUGAAAGAGGUACAAAGAAAGUGGCAUAACUUGAAGACCCAAUUUUCUCAAGAAGUUAGGAAACUGCAGAAAAUAAAAAGCUGCUCUUCUGGCAUAGUGUCGGAUUCUUGGUGGCCGUAUUUUUCUGCAAUGAAAUUUCUAGAAAGUAGUGUUGCCACAACCUCUAACAGAAUACCUUCGCUAUCAACAAAGGAAGAAGAAAUUGUUACAGGAGAUGAUGUGCCAGUUGCUAAUGAGGGGAAGAAACAAAAAAGAGACUAAAGGAAGUGGUAAUGGGCUCAUUGAAAAA